CACGUUCGCGUGGUUCACACGGAACUUCGUCAAGAUGCCGUCCCAGAAGACCUUCAAGAUUAAGCAGAAGCUCGGCAAGAAGCAGAAGCAGAACCGCCCCCUCCCCCAGUGGAUCCGCAUGCGCACCGGCAACACCAUCAGGUACAACGCCAAGCGCCGCCACUGGCGCCGCACCAAGCUCAACUUCUAAGUCUCCCGACUCGGUUAGUCUGGAGCUGGAGCGUGGGUCGGGGGUGCACUCGCGCGGGGUGCGCCUCGGGUGUGGGUGGCUCGCUCUCACCGUAGCGUAGGAUACCCUCCACCGCCGCCGCGGGCGCGUCCUCGGGACGACGCCCGGACGCGUGGGGGCCUUGUCAAUAUCGAGAGCGACCUUCUUAUAAAC